AUCAAGAGAGACACAGUUAUCCGCACCGGUCAUGAACUUCCGGAAUUGAUGGAAGGACAGAUUGUUGAUUAUUCAUCUUGAAAUGUUAUUGACUGAUUAACAGAUGACUGAAACUCAAGCAGUUACUUCUCAAGCAUUUUGUCAUCAUGGCUGUCCAUGAACAUUGUGAAAACUGCUUUAAAAUCAACUGUGUCAUCAAGCCGGACAACAGCCAGUCAUGCGGUCUGGUGUAUUGUCGUUCAGACUGUGGAUUCAGAUUUCAUGUGUGUAAGAGUGAGGAACACAAGCUUGUUUGCAUGAAAGAAAAACUGCCAUGUAUCAAUAAAAUAAAUGGUUGUCCAGUUGUACUAACUAGGGAUAAGAUAUCUGCACAUCUGCCAACAUGUCCAGCUAGUGUCAUUAUUUGUAAUAGAGAAUGGAAUCGCUGGCCAAUGCAUUCACAGGACAAGGGAUGGAAGGCUCCAAUGCCUUUUAAACAUCCUCAUAUAAAAUGUGGUCAAUUUGAUGUGGCAUUUGCCUUGCGGGACCAAAAAAUGCUCAUAGAAUCUAGCAAAACUCCAAAAAAGACGAGACGUAUAUUGAGGAAUUCAUUGACACCAUGUUAUCCUGCUGUUCCAAUCCAGUCCCACUCCAGUGUUUUAGACAGUCCAACUAGCGAGACCUCUAUGCUUUCUGAUGAUGAAACAGGAACACCCUGGGAUCUACAUCAGUCCCCACCUGGCUUACAGAGUACCAUUGUCAAUCAACUAUCUGGUAUGCAAUCAAGUGAAGAAAGAAAUCUCUAUGCUGCCUCCAGACAGGCUACUGAGAGUCUCACAAGAGCCCUGGAUUAUGCAACUGGAAAGCAAGGCCUGAAAAGAUUAGCUGAAAUUUCAAAACUCAAGUAUGAUAAAUUAGAUAAAGAAGAGAAAAAUGUUGAACAAAUUACUGAGGAUAUGAAAAACACAUCCAUAUGUGAUAGAGGUCAUCAUGUAAAUGACUCCAUGUUUGACAAUUCAUGUAGUGCUAAUGGAAGUAGUGAAGAUGAUGAUAUGUUGGAGUUGUAUGGUAUGGAGAAAAAGCUUUAUGAAAUAUUGGGACUGGAUUUAACAAUGCAGUUUAUUUCAUCAUAUCAGCCAAAACCAAUGAAGAUGUUUACAUUUUUAUGUGGAAGAGAGUUUAGAAGAGAUGAAUACCCAUGGCAUGUGAAAAACUUUCACUGUGAUAUUCAGUGCAAUUUGAAUAAUUGGUUUGAGCAAAGAUGUCCUUUAGCAUAUCUCGGAUGCACCUUUGCCUUUCAAAGACUUGUUCCAAAGUCCCCUAGUGGUAGUAUUGUUCACAGCCCAGUAUUGAACAGUUUUGGUCUCAGUUUUAGUGAGGAGUAUGUGCCUGACAAGGAUCACUGUAAUGGCCAGCUCACCAAUGAAGAGGAUAUCAGAACAGUUUUUGGAAGAAAGCUUUUACGAGAAGCUACUCCCGAGAUUCACACCUCGUAUAAAUGUGAUGCUUCUGUUCAUGUUAUACCACGAUAUCGAUCUGUAUCUCGCGACGUGUCUCCAGUUAAAUUUGGUGCUAAUGAAUAUGUUGAUGAAUAUCAGCACUCCUUAGUCGAUCUUCCUUUUGAAGUGUUGCAAAACAUUGCCCGUCAUCUGGAUGGUUUCAGUCUGCAACAUAUGUCAAUGACUUGCAAGCUUAUACAGAGCGUUUGUUGCAGUCUCCUGGAUGAGAAAGGCAUUGUCACCCUGGUGUGGGAGAAAACAGCCUCAGAUAGUGGCUCUAGUUUUCACUGGGAUGUGGCUUACAAGAAAUGGCAGUUCAGCACUGGUUUCACUCCUGUUAUUGAAUGGGAUCUGAAGGGGGCAGGGGCUGCCAUACAGGAACACCUAAAGAUGUGUCCGUAUAAUCAGGAGGAAUACAAAAACAUACAAACAGAACCAUUUCAAAUGUUGCAAUAAGACGCCCUUUAGACUACCGGAAAUGGCUGUUACGUGUUAGCUUGAGCCUGUGUUUAUCCAUGGAAACUUAGCCAGCUGUAUGCUUGCCAUGCAGCUUGAAGGUGUGACAGUAUAAUGCAGGCCAAAAAGUGACCAUGUUGAGCUCAGAGGCCUGUACUAGAGCAUUUCCUGGCAGAAACUCUUGUCCCAAUGCUGAUUGGCUUGUAGACCAGUUUAUCCUUUAAUUUGAACCAACUUAAAAACGACAUAAUUUUUUAUCAAUUAUCGGAUGCUAAUUGUUGAAUGAUGGUACUGAUUUAAUACUAUACUGUUGCGCUAUAAAAACAUUUUGGAGUACUAGUAAUUUAUGAUUUUAUGUUAGUGUUUCUGUUAAAUACAUGGUUUUUAUCUGACUUUGAACUAAAAAAUUAUCAAUCCUAUUGUACACUCGCUAUAAAAAAAUCAAAGCAAUUGUAGGCGGAUUUUUAGUUUUUCUUAUCUGAUCUUUAUGAAACUUGGUCAGAUUAUUUCGCAGCAAUAUAUUUAGGACUAGUGUGAAGAUUUUAGGACCAGUGUGAAGAUGGGUCAUCUCGAGUCAAAGAACCAUGUCACUAGGUAAAAUUAAGAAAAAAUCCACUCAUAAUUUCAACAGUGGAAAUACAAUCUUCAUGAAGCUCAGAAUAUUUGUUAACAUGAUAUCUGUGAAGGCCAAUGUGAAUUUGUGUCAUCUUGGGUCAAAAAUUAGGUCCCUAAAUAAAAUACUAGUAUUUAGACAAAAUUUUGUGUCAAAGCAUCUUUUUCCUUCAUAAAUUUGAAAGUCUUCGAGAAACUCAAGAUAUUUCCGAGCAUGAAUCGAUGAUAUUUAGGACCAUGGAUAAAAAAUAGAGAGGUCAGCAGCUGUUAAUUUUUGCUUCAUUGAAAAACCCAUCUUGCUGCAAAAUCACAUUUUUAUGAAUGAAACAUCCAGCUUUAAUGCUGUUUCAGCAUUACCCGCUUAUUAUUAGUAUAUAUAGCGAUAAUAGGAGGUACAUAAUAUAUACUGUAGAGUCAAUAUACAGAUUAAAGUAAAUGUGGGAUGUUGACUGAAUCUUGAACAUAAUUGUGUAAACGGACAUUAUUUUUACCCCUGUUUGGUGCUGUUCAUACAAUCAGUAAUAAUAACUUUUAUUUAUUUAUUUGUUAAUUUUAGCUUCUUUGAUUAUGAUGUGAGGCAUCAAUAAUUGUCAGAGUAAAAUCAGAUAUUACAGGAAAAUUAUUAUUCACAAUUGCGUGGAAAAUUCUUUUCAUUACUGAAUGGUGCUUGUAUUCUCCACAGUGAUAUAUCAGGUAUUGUCAUAUCACUUGUACGUUUUUUAAAUAGGAACAUUGUUUAUUGACAUAUCAAAAUCUUGUUUAAUGGUGUAUAAAUCAUGGACGUGGGUCAAAGACCUUUUCUUUUAUGUAAAGCCCUUUGUUUUGUGACUUUACAUUGAGCAUUUGUAGGUCUUGUUUUUAUGUAGUGAAAUAUUUGCAAAUAUAUUUUGAUGUAGAACAAAUGUGCAUACAUGCCAUAUUUUCUGGAGACCAUUCAGGGAGAUUUGUUCAGAAAGGCUGAAAAUUCAGGGGGUUUUUGGUAGUGUUCAGGGGUUUUUUUUAGCAGGUCUAAAUUGGGGAAAUUUCAAAGUAUUUUUAGACGCAAGUACGAAAAAAUGUAUUCACAUUUAUUUUGCUAUGAAAAACUCUUAACUUUUUAAUUAUACAGAAUUCAAUACAUUAUGUGUGUUUUCUCUUGCAUUGAGGUCUUGGUUUGUAACUUUUAUUUUUGUGUGGUAUUUGUAACAUUUUCUUUUUUCUUUAUCAAAUGAUAGUUAACAUUGUAUCACGGUGUCUCACAAAAAAUAAUGUUUGUUAGUUUGUCAAAGAAAGACCAAUUAUUGAAUUAAUUUCUUUGACAUUUUUAUUGUAUUUUGUUGAAUAUAUUAUUUUUUAUGGCAUACUUGUCGUUUAGAAAUAGCUGUGUAUGUUAUCUUAUAAUCAUAUAUGUUCAAGUAUCAAUCAUGCUUUAUAAUUGAACACCUUCAAGUAUCAGUCACGCUUUCUGUAAACAUAAGCUAGUUUUGCUCAGCAUGUGCGAAAUUAGACGGAAAACUUGAGUAACAUAAAUAUCUUACUGCACAUCAAUAUAAAUUGCACUUGUAGGUUGUAGGCUAAUAUUCUGUGGGGUUUUUGCUCAUCAUUGGUUUGUAAAAUGAAAUGUUUUCAUGGGAUUCGUAAUUUAUUAUGUCUCCCUGUCUAUAUUUUAUCCUUCAAUAAUUUUGUGGUAUUUAUGCUGCACUUGAUCUGAAAGCAUCAGCAAAAUAUUGAUUUUUAUGGAAUCGUGUUGUGAAAGACUUAGUGGGAAAAAAACUCUAUUUAUAAACACUCACUAAAGCAUUAUACAAAUGGUCAGUACUUAAACUGGGACUCUGUGCUUGCCAAAAAACUUUGUUGCAAUUUCAUAAUUAUACUCAUUUGAACGUGAUUUUGUAAAUCUGAGCAUAAAUAAUUUUAUAGUAUUGUUUAUGCCACAAAAAAGAGCAUUUUUUGUCACAUGCUAUUUACAAAUGGAACUCUAAUUUGAACUUUUGAUGAGGUUUUAUUAUUGAUUGUUUUUUUUUUAUUGCACAUACAUUUUUUUAUGUCUCACUGUAUUAAACAUGAACAAAUUUCUUUAAAGCUAUGUGAUAUGUGAUGUGUAUGUAAAAAAGAGGUUUGAAAAAAGUAUGAUAUCUCUUUGUUAAAUGUGAUUAUGACGGAGUGAGUCCAUAUUUAUAAACGGAAUAGUGGCAAUAUAUAUGCAUAAUCAUGUGAUUCUUCUUGUUUACACCUUUUAUAUUUAACGAUGCAAUAAAUAAAUUGGAG